UUUAGAGAAAACAAGACAACCACAAUCAAAGACAUCAGCAUCAAAUUUGAGUUCAAGACAGAGAUUCAGUCAUGUUUGCUUUUCUUCUGAUUAUGUCAAUGUUUAGCCAAGGUCUCACAAUAGUGAGCUAUGGUGACAGUUUCAUCACAGCAUUUCCAGAGAACCUGGGUUACUUUUACCCAAACACUUCUAGAAGUCUGAGAGUCACCGCCCUACUUGACGGCACUUCUGUCAACAUUUUCUACAACGGCGGCAGCACACCAACACAGACAAACAUGCAGAAAGGCCAAACCGUACUUGUGGGGUUUCCAACAUCUGUAAAUCAAUUCGACUACUCCACACAAUCUAUCCGAAUCACCAGUGACAAAUACAUUGUAGUACAUUCUGUCAGUGGUACAGAUGGAGUUAAUAAUAAAAGUGUCCAGACCAAUGUUGUUCAACCUGAUGAAAAUCUUGACACACAUUAUUUGAUCCCUUCGCUGAACUACCCAAACCUUCUUGCAACGUUUGGCAUAUCCCAGCCAGACAUCGCUUCCAAAAGAUACGGCUCGAUCAGACUGAUCAUCAUCAAUGCUGAGGACACAGAGAACAACAUCACGUUAGUCAAAAACAUAUCAGGCCGCAUUCAAAUAGAAAGCUUCACGAUUCCAUCAUUCCAACUCAUCCAGUUGCAGGUCAAUGCUUCACUGAUGAUGGUUAACUCGAGUAGUAAAACAGCUUUGCUGCUGACUCACCCGUGUCUAGAAAAACCAGGCUGUACAUGCAGCAUGAUAGUCAAUCAGAUUCUUCCUGUGAGAUUUCAGGGGCAGAACUUUGUUGUGCCCUCAUUUCCAGGUAUAACCCAACGACAGUUAUUAACGACAUCACGUGACAAGGCAAUCUCACCCUCUCAAAACAAUAUCAGCUUAACGGCUAACUUAGCAGGGCUUCAGUCAAUUUCAGAUCCAGAUAAAUCUCAAUAUGUAACCGCAUCGAGUAACGUGUCCCUAAGACUGAUCAGCCCAGGACUUUUCAUUGAAUUGAUUCCAGAAAACAUGUUUGCCGCCUGCUACCUGCUCCACUUCUACACAAACAACAAGCAGGCCAUUGUGAUUGCUAAAACUGACAGCAAAGAUGAAGUGCACGCGGGUACAGAAACACUUCAAAAUGCUGUGUGGACUGAGAUUCCUGACACGGAGUACUCUUCAGGUAGAAUAACUUUAUCUGAUACAUCAGUUAUGACAGUUAUCUGGCAUCCAAGCUCAAAGAUUGCGGUUUAUAUACUGGAAAAUACUCAAGAGACCAUUUUUGGAGGCCCAGCUAUACCUAUUAAUCUAAAACCGGAUAAGUCUGGCUGUGUGGUGAUUCCUGGAGAGUUUAAAGUCGGAGAGCAGCCUCUUAAAUGGGCCGAGGCCCUACAUUUCUGCGCAAACGACCAAAGAGAAUUUGCCUGUCCUACAGAUAAAGCCCUCCAGGUGGAUUUGGCCAAUAGUGUUGAUACAACAGAUGCGGAGGGUUGGAUCGGUCUACGCCGUAGUCUAAUGACUACAGAGUGGUCCUGGAAGAAACAAUCAUCAUCAUCAUCAUCACCAUCACCACCUGUGACUUAUGUUAACUGGGCCGACGGGCAACCACAGGACAAACUGAAGGGCUUUUGUGCUUCAUUGUCACUGGAUGGUACAGAUGAUUUCAAAUGGAAAAGUACAAAGUGCUGCGAGAAAAAGCUUCCUAUCUGCUACAAGCCCCCAACAACCAUUGUUCCUUAAACCUAGCCAUCUGAAACAGAAAACAUUCCUUAAGUUCUCAUGUAUA